GCGGGACAACGGAAUGUUUUUGCGGGCCAGUGCAGCCUACAUGAAUACAUGUUUCUGGCAGACAGUUCGAAAUGUCAGUUAUCAUCAAAUGAAUAGGAAGUCUGACUGAAAUACGCAACAAAUCUAACUUUGUUGGUAAGUGAGUGGUGUUUUAAUUUGUUGGUAAAAUACGGGACACCAGACAAACAGCCAACAUUCGGGACUGUCCAGCAAUCUGAGACACGUGGUCGCCCUAAUUCCACCUGUCAUUGGUUGUUCGCGCUCCGGGAGGAAGGAGGACAGACCUUUUUGCCUCAACAGCACUUCAAGUGUUUAUUUUCUUCAAACGGGUUGCCUCAAUUUCUCCCUGUUGUUACUGAAAUAAGACAACUUUUUCAACUCGAGUAGCGCCAUACACGACGGGAUAUUUUACUGUCAGAGUUUGGAUUUUCAAGUUUCAAUAAAUGAUGGAUUUAAGGAGUUUGGUAGGCCUACCUGCUGUUCUGCUACUCUUCGGUGUAGUCGCUGUGUUCGCGCAAACUGCCGCACCUAGGAUAGCCCCAUAGAAACCAGACUACCAGGCUUCCUCUUCUUAUCUGGAGCCAUAGAACUAACAGAAUGUACACAAACAAUUCUGUGGAAUCAUACAGUCAAACAACAAAUGGAAAUAUCUACAGUAGGCCGGGUCUUGCUGCAGUGUGUGAGACUAAGAAUGGAACAAACUGUGAGGAAUGUCUAAAGAUUGUGACGUGCCUGUGGUGUCAGAAGACUGAGUUGUGUAUCACGUACCCAGUCAAAACCAUCCUCCCCCCGCACGCCCUCUGCCCCCUCAACGAUGCACGCUGGGGACGCUGCUGGGUGAACUUCCAGUCAUUGAUCAUCGCCAUGGCGGUGGUGGGUGGAGUCAUUAUCAUCGCCUUCCUGGUCUGCCUCUUCUGCUGCUGCAAGUGUGAACACAUCGGGUCUACGAGGUUCGAUGCCAAGAUGGAGAGACGGACCAAUAAAAUGAAGGGAAAACAGGAAGAGAGAAAGGCAGAGAUGAAGAUGAGGCAUGAGGAAAUCAGAACGAAAUAUGGUCUCAGUGGGUCCAACCCAUACUCCAAAUUCUCCUGAGCUGAUAUUUGGACACUGUACUAUCGCCUGCCUUCUCUUUACUUCUGACCUUUCAACCAACCCCCCCCCCCCCCCCCCCCCCCCAUAUGGACUGUUAACCUUGUCUGUUCUAUGCUCAGCCUACCCCCCCCCCCCCCUCCCCUCCCCUAAACCAUUAAUCAUAAGUCUUAGAGGUGUUUUUAAAGGAUUUGUAUAAUUUCAGACCGUAGUUUUGAAAGUAGUGCUCACAAGCCAAAACGAGUCACCAAAAAUUGUGCACAACAUCACUUACUUCGUAUGUUAUGUCCUGCAAAAAAUAUAUAUUUCCUGCAAUUCGUAUGAUGUAACGAAUUCCAAUUUGUACAAUAUGUUACGAUUUUGUAAGUGCUUAAGAUCCCGUUCAAUAUCUUUAACCGUUUUGAGGAGAAUACAUGAAACUGGCCUUAGAUCAAAGUUUUGGGACAGCCUGAUAUACAACAUUAUCUUCCCAUGUAAACACAGGUCAUUAAAUGUUGAAUGUAAUGAAGUCUUCUACGAAUACUUAGCUAGAACAAGUUCUGCGCUGCUUGGUGAGUGGUGCAGUACAGAACAUGUCUUGCAGUGCAGACUAUGUGAGGGCAGUGGACAGGUGCAGUAGCCUUAAAUGUACCUUAUAUACCUUCUGUGACUACUACUGUAUUAUAAACAGAUGAUGGUACUUGAGGGUUACUACUUGGUUGUAGGAGAUCUUGCCUAUGCUCUACUUGAAUGAGAAGAUGACCUUAUCUAUGUUGACCUUUUUCUAUGUAUAUUUAUCUGAUGGUGAACUAUCAGAAAUGUGUCCAGUGCACGCACACCUGUACUCCAUCAAACAAUAAACUUGUAUAGAUGUAUUGUUUUUCUAAUUUUAACCAGAAUUGUACUUAAUGAAGCACUAUGCAGAAAUCCCUCCGCCAUUUCCUGCUUGCUAAAAUAUUAAUAGUUCACCUUAUUUCAGUUUGCGACAAAACAAGCAAGUAUAGUUUAGAGAGUCAUUGUACCAUCUAAACAGCUGUGAAAUAUAUUUUCCAUAUGGUAAGCAUAGAUCUGCUUCUUAAACUUGUUUUCAAAGAGUCACAGAUCUAUAACUCACAUUUAUGUGAAUUUGGUCAGGUCGCCCAAAAAGUUACAUAUUGCAGCUUUUAAUAGGAGGCUAUUCAGAAGAGUUGAAUGCUCAGAAUUGCAGAUAGAAAUGUACCCUACCAUAUAGAAUGUAUACACCUUGUAAAAUGACAAAGAAUGUCAGAUCUAAGUAAUAUUUUUCUACCGGUGACAGCUUUCUCAUUACAGACACCAGCUACUUCAGUUAGAAUAUUGUCAGGCCAAAUGAAUCAACGUUUUAUUAAUGUCUAGUUGUGUAAUAAACUACCCUUUGUCUGUUGAUUGAACAAAUCUAUUUUUAUUCAAAUAAAACUUUCAUCUAUGUAA